AUGGCGUCCAACGAUAUUGCAACAGAAAUUUCAGCAAAUGAAGAAUUUGGACAAGAAGUUGUCGUGGAUUGUAUUGCCUUUUUUACAAAGAAGGAAAAGGUGGUGAGAAUUUUAGAAGAAAAAAAAAUUUCGCUGCAAAGUAAGAAGCUCAAGAAAUGUGUCUGGUAAGUACAUCAAUCGUAUGAACAUUUGCAUAUUUUAAUGAUUAUGGACAAUAUGAAUAUGAUGUAAAUUUCAAUACAAAUUAUGUUAAUUGAGCAUCAAAAAUCUUUGUUGACCCUUGUUGUUAAUUUACCCUGUCUGGCUGUCAAAUAUUUCAUAGUGAUAGUUUAGGACACUGUAUAGGAUUACUAUAUUGUCCAGUUGUUAUGUGAUAUCCCAGAAAGAAUUAUUGAUUGUAACUUUAGCCUUUAUAGACUUUAUAUCAUUAAAAUAUAUUGAUGUUUUUUCACAGUGAAUUUGCUGGCCUCCGAGAAAUUGCAAAGAGUUUAGGACUGGGUGAAAGCAUUGAAGUCCAAAUAAACAGGUGUGUUAUGUAUUAUUCCCAUUUAGUUUUUUAAUAAUUUACAUUUUAAACAAAAAGUGCUCAAUAAAGACCAAUGAAUGUGUAUGGAGGGUGUAUGUUUGGAAAUAUGUGUAUGAUUUUCGAUAAAAACAUGAAUACAUUUUGCAAUCUAAUCUACAGAGAAACAAAAACCAAUGGACGAACAGAGCGCAUAGCCAUCGAAACAGAUCAGCAGUUGGCACUGGAACUGCCAGAAAUUGUCUAUGGAAGGGACAGACUGCAAAGUGAGUAAAACUGUUUAUAGUUAUUAUCUUUAUUAAUUUUUUUGUAGUGUCCAAAGUAGAAACUUUAAUUGUAUUUUAUAUCGUUACUGAUUCCCUUGAUGUAUAAAUGUCAAUUCUGGACAUUCCCAGGGUAAAAUAUUAACUUGAUGAAUGAUUAAGUCCACUAAUAAAUUGUUGUUUCUUUUUAUUUACUGUAGUUGUUGUGUACCCUAUCAAGAUAUCAUUUGGGAAAAAAUGUCCAACAAUUGUAAUAACAUCUGCUGACUCAAGCUCCUCCACGACCUCAACAAAUGAUCCACGAAAAGAUGAAACAAAAGCGAAAAAUAAUGGGGACAAGUAUCACCUACAAGAGAAGGAAAAAGAGAACCUGAAGAAAGGUAAGCUGAGCUUCAAAUAUGAACCACAUUAUUUCGAUGCAUAUCAGAAUUUAGAGUAGUAGGAGGAAACUUGGGAACCUGUUUACUUUAGGUCUAUUUGACUAUUUAUGCAGUUAAAAUAAUUGCUCUUGGUUAUUGAUUCCAAAAUUUUGUUACUAAAAUAUCUCAAGUUUAUGGCAACAAUUUACAGUGUGGCCUUGUAAGACUUGUAAAUAUAUAUUUUCAAAGGAAUUUCCCUGUAUAACUUAGACAUGAACUGUCUAUAAUUUACACAAUGGAUAAUAGACAUAAUAAGUAUAGUAAGUACUCUUUAACUUUCAGAUCUUGCAUUAAGAAAUGGCAGUGUGAUCGUGAAGUGUGACAAACACACCUACAUAAAAAUCUGCGGUAAGAAUGUUUACUGGCCAUGGAAAAUUAGAUGUGGGUUUUACCAACACAACAUUCUGCUUUGCUGUGACUGUAGUCAUGCUGGAAGACUGUCUAACUUUGACCGACGUAAGUAUUUUUGUGAUUCCCAAUGGUUUUCCAGUUUCCAAUCUCACAAAAUUAGAAUAAUUAUAAAGAAAAAUGGUGGAAUAGUGUCAAUAGUGCCCCCAGUUUAUCGCCUCGCUGCAUUGAUGCAGUAAUACGUCAACAAGUGUAAAACCAAGCUUAAAUUAUCCACAACCAAAUAUUGAGUGCAUAAGUGAACAUUUACUUAUUAUCUAAAAUUGGGAUGCAUCACUCUCUGAAAAUAAUGAGAAUCAAUAAAUAUUCUAAUUUUGUGAUAUGCACUUGUAUAUUUUAAGGUUCUUUAAGGGGACAGACAUUGAAAACUUUUAUUUAUUUAUGAUUAGAGCAUUUCUCCAAAUGCAAGUCUCGACAGCAGAAUCAAUCCCAAUGCGACACAAAUGGAGGUCAAUCAACCAUCACCGGUUAUUUGACUGGAACAAAGCGCAAGGAAUGCACAGAGCCAUCUGGGACCGGUUGUAUCAAGCCCGUUUAGCUUAAACGGUGGUUAAGCUCAAAAUAGAAAGCAAGUCUAUAGAUUCAUUAAACAGCCAAACUAAAAGUUUUGAACCUUAAUAGAACGAUAUUGUUUACAACUACAUAUUCAGUGCAGAAUAUUUAAGUUGACUGAUUCACAAAAGAUAUAAAAGUGUUAUUUAAUUUUGACUUAUCCACCAUUUAAGCUAAACAGGCUUGAUACAACCGGCCCCUGAAGAGAAUGAAAAUGAAAAGACCAAGCACCAGACACAUCAUACGGAAUGCGUUGAUCCAAUCGACUCUGACCUCGAUAAUUCAGAUUGUGAAAAGUAAUCAUCAUUUCGCUAUAUCUGAUAAACAUGAAUAUUAAGACAAUAAAAAAUAAUUAAUAAAAACAUGUUAUUAAGGUUAUUAUAGGAAAUAGUUCCUGUUUAAGGCAAAGGGACAUAUCAGCUACAUCCCGUCCUUGAGAUGCUGUGAUCAUUGCCUCUCUAAUGGACUCAUUUGUAGACGUAUGGUUGUCUUGGUUUUGUCAACAGGUUGUGAACAGGGUGACAAGUCAGCGUUUCAGAUAAUCAAGAACAAAAUUGAAAAUCGGCAAAUAGAUCAAUAUUUGUCCCUACUUUCGAUUUUGCCUGACUGCCCACAUGUAGGCAAAAUAUGAAAGCAUCAUUUUCAAACUGGUGGCUCAAAUGUGGGAAUGAAAGAUGCAACCUCUCCCAACUAAGAACCCUGUGAAACCGAUCAGAUAAUAGCACGAAAGAAACGUUCCGAAAAUUGAUUCCGAAGAACGAUCAUGUGAGGAACAAGGAUCGACAGGACCUGUCUGCUGUUCUCCAAUUAAGCAGCCAACGGGUGAGUGACGAACUGACCGAAAUCGGAUACGUCUGCCACACUAUCAUCCCAGAGCUGGACAAGUUUACUCAAGAAAAUUGCAUGUUGCUGUUGCAAAUUAUGGUUGGAUUAUCUUUUUGGCAUUUGAUGCUAAGUCAAAUACAUCCACGCUGUAUAAGGCUCGACUCCACAGUCCAAUUGACAAAAUCGUUUUGCUUAAAAAAGGAAGAGCAAAAGAAGUCCAUUGUUCUCAUGGGAUUGCAUUCCUUGUAUGCAAAAGUGGCCCACUCAAGGCUGUAGAAGUUUUACCUAAUUCCAUUGGAAUCAUUUUAAAAGGAAAGAGGAAAGUGGAGCUUAUAGAGAUUGCUGAUCAGCUGAAAGUUAACUCCCUGGGCACGGUACAAGCGAUUAAAACUCAUAUUGAAGACCACUUUAAGAACACUGAGUGGAAUCAUGAAGGUGUUUCGUCGGAUAAAGACGACAUUAUUUUCCCAAAAAAUAAUAACCAACCAUCAUUUGAUUCGAUGGCGUGCGUGGACAACAUGCUUUUGUAUGCAACAAAGAGUGCGGUAGAUGGUCAACGCACGAUUGUACAAUUAAACCUGCAGAGAGAUGGUGUUAGGCUUGUUUGUAUUGAAGAACAUGCUAUCGUGUCGUAUGAUGAAGACUGUGGAAAGGUACAUAGUAUGUGUAUCAAUGGGAGCUCCCUCUUCUUGUCUAACCAGCGUGGCAUAAGUAGAUUAGAUUUGUCUACACAACAGCAUUCCCUCAUCAUUCGUGCUCCAAACGACCCCUGCAUUUUAGCUAAAUUUGGCUCUGAUUUGCUCUACACCAAUCAGAAAAGUUGUUCUGUUUGGAGGUUGCAAUCAACUGGGGAUGUCGAGGUUUUCGCAGGUAAAGAAGGUUCCUUGGAUGGACCAGUCACGUGUCGUUUCAGGCAACCAAUGGGAAUCGCAACAGAGUUUGACAGCGUAGUGUAUGUAUGUGAUGUGCAAACAAACAGCAUCUAGUUAUUGAGCAGAAUGUAUCAUUGUGCAAGGUUCCUCAGGGCGAUUGGUGCACUCUAUGAAGCUUUCUCUAUUCAUAAUAAGGCCGCUUUGUAUGAAACAAAGACAACCAAUGAAGCAAUUGAGUUAGUCCGCCAUUGCAAAACUACCCUUGAAGAGUAUGAAUAUGAAAUACGUACUGAAAGUAACAUCACUGGUGCACUGAAUGGUCCCCAAGGUCAUGUCUCUGCAAAAACAGUUGACUAUAUUCAGCUAAUGGAAUGGGGCCUACUAAGACUAGCAAGCAUCCUCGCAGAGUACGACUACCAAUGUCUUAAUCUUUUAAGCUGUAUGACACUAGACAUUGAGAAUUGCCACGCCACCGUCCACGCCAAGUGA